GAUUUUCUUUUCUGCUUUCUUUGUUGGGACGUCGUAGAUCGAUCGGCAAACGCUUAUUCCAUCUGAUUUCCUAUCCUACCUAUCUAAUACAUAAUUUUUACUACCUACCUACAUACAUACUUCUUCUUGGAAAUCUUACGGGUUAGGCAAGCUAGCUGACUUUUUUUUUUUUUUUAAUUUGUACUUGGCAUUUGAAUUUAUUAGAUCUACGUACUAAAUCCCACUCAUUUUUUUGAACACCAUCUUUUCCAAAUAAAUAAGCCCUCUACUAUUAAGGUUAGCGAGACGACGGUCAAUGAGUGAUCGCAGGCAUGCGGGGACAACCGAGGACGACGACCACGGCCCUUUGAAUGAGCUGGAUUUCGAUUCGGACGAGGAGGAAUCUAUUAGCGAUGAUGAUGGUGAGCCAAGACCCGGCGCCGACUCCACGCCGUCCCGGCGGACGUUGAACAUCGACACCGGCGUGGGAUUCCCCCCAGACCGCGAGGCGCGCAGCCGCAGGUCAAGUGACGCGGCGAGGAAGGUGGUCGCGUGGAGGGAUCUCCCGAAGAAGAGGCAGUUGGUUGUUAUCACGUUGGCGCGGCUCAGCGAGCCUUUGGUCCAGACGUCUCUGCAGUCCUACAUGUUCUACCAGCUGCAAUGGUUCGAUCCGAGCCUGCCCGACGCCGUCAUCUCCAGCCAGGCGGGUAUCCUCCAUGCCAGCUUCACCGCGGCGCAGUUCUUCACUGCGAUGAUGUGGGGUCGGGUGGCGGACUCUGCGUGGGCUGGUCGCAAGACGGUUAUCAUGAUAGGGUUGUUGGGGACUCUUAUAUCGUGCAUUGGGUACGGGUUCUCCAGAACCUUUUAUCAAGCUUUACUCUUUAGGUGCCUGGGCGGUGCCACGAAUGGCAAUGUAGGCGUUAUGAGGACGAUGAUAAGCGAGAUUGUCCGCGAGAAGAAAUAUCAGUCCCGCGCAUUCCUGAUCUUGCCCAUGACCUUCAACAUCGGCGUUAUUAUAGGGCCAGUCCUGGGCGGACUCCUGUCUGAUCCGGCAGGUUCAUACCCUGAUACCUUUGGCAAGAUAGCCUUUCUCGUAAAGUAUCCCUACGUUGCGCCGAAUCUCGUCAGUGCUGGGUUUUUAUUCAUAGCGUUGGUAAUGUGCUGGAUGUUCUUGGAAGAGACACACGAUGCUCUUCUAGAUAGUCGAGACCUAGGUAUCAUCCUAGGACGCAAGAUAACGGCAUUGUUCAGGAGACGUGAACCUUCCAUAGCAUACACCCCUCUUCACUCGCGGAACACAAGCAUUAGCACAGAUGUCGAGAUGUCUCCAGUGAGCCCACGGGAUUCAGCAGAGGACAUCCCCGUAACAUCCAAGAAGUCUACCUCCAGGCGACGGUACACUACUCGGCUUCCCUUCCGCCGCAUUUUUACUUCCAACGUGACUUUCACGUUGGUGGCGCACUUCUUCCUUGCGUUCCACGUCGGUACAUUCAACUCUCUGUGGUUCAUCUUUCUUUCCACACCCGUGUACAACCCAGCAGACCCGGACCCGCCUGGCUUCGUCCCGAAACUGCCCUUUAGAUUUACCGGUGGCCUCGGUUUGCCUCCUCGAUCUGUUGGAAUGGCGAUGGCGAUACUGGGUGUAAUUGGCAUUACGAUGCAGCUGUUCCUAUACCCACGCCUCUCGUCACGAUUGGGCACUGUCCGCUCAUGGCGCAUGUGUCUGUUCCUCUUCCCGCUAGCGUACAGCUUGAUACCGUUCCUGUCGGUCGUCCCAUCUACAACGGCGCCACCAAGCCAGAAGACGGGGUUCUUGAUAUGGGCUGCCAUCGGCGGCGUGCUGUUCAUCCAGGUCACGGGACGUACCUUCGCGCUCCCCGCCCAGACGAUCCUCGUCAACAACUGCACGCCUCACCCCAGCGUGCUAGGAACCGUCCACGGCGUCGGACAGUCCGUCAGCAGCUUCGCGCGAACCAUCGGCCCCGUGCUAUGCGGCUGGCUCUACGGCCUGGGACUCAGUCGCGGGUUGAUCGGCGGCGUGUUCUGGGGGCUGGCUGGCUUGGCCGUGUGCGGAUUGAUCGCGAGUUUCUGGGUCAGAGAGGGGAAUGGGCACGAGAUUUGGUUAGAGGGGGACGAGGAGGACGAGGUUGGGAAUAAAUGAUUCUAACCUUCCCGCCACUGUAAGUUGUUAUACGGCACCGCACUAAGAAGGCAGCGGCAGUGUGGCAACGAGUGAGGCACCUGUAGCCCACCAAUCACAUUUCCCCCCCUUCCCUAUGUGUCCGAGCGGCAUGGUCUAUGGUGGGCUAUGAUAUACCUAGGUAUGACGGAUUUGCAUGGAUAGGGGCUUGGCUAGACUAGACGUUGGGUAGAUAUCUA